CUAGUUCUUACACUCAUUCCUCCAUCCACCAUUGCUACUAGUGCAAGGUCCUAGAUUUACACUUGGUGUUUGUUUCUAGUACUGUUAACUACUAUUAGUAGCGGAAAUCUAUUGGCUGGGACUGGUGAUUAGCGACCGAGUAGCUAAGCUACCCGGGGGGGGGGGGGGGUCGAUACGUUGAUCACGCCAUGCCGACGCCGUCGCACCUCAAGAACCCGCUCUACUUCGACUUCCGGGCCGCGCGGCGCGUGCCGGAGUCGCACGCGUGGCCGGGGCUGCACGACCACCCCGUGGUGGACGGCGGUGCACCGGGACCGGACGCCGUGCCGAUGGUGGACAUGCGGGACCCGGACGCGGUAGCCCGCGUGGCGCGCGCCGCCGAGCAAUGGGGCGCGUUCCUGCUGUCCGGGCACGGCGUGCCGGCGGAGCUCCUGGCGCGCGUAGAGGAGACGAUCGCGCGCAUGUUCGCGCUGCCGGCCGCCGACAAGAUGCGCGCCGUGCGCCGGCCCGGGGACGCCUGCGGCUACGGCUCUCCGCCCAUCUCGUCCUUCUUCUCCAAGUGCAUGUGGUCCGAGGGCUACACCUUCUCCCCAGCCUCCCUCCGCGCCAACCUCCGCAAGCUUUGGCCCAAGGCCGGCGACGACUACGCCAACUUCUGUGACGUGAUGGAGGAGUUCCACAAGCAGAUGCGCGCCCUCGCGGACAAGCUUCUAGAGCUGUUCCUCAAGGCUCUCGGGCUCAGCGGCGAGCAGGUCGACGCCGUCGAGGAGGAGCGGAGGAUGUGCGAGACGAUGACCGCCACCAUGCACCUCAACUGGUAUCCGAGGUGCCCUGACCCGCGGCGCGCGCUGGGCCUGAUCGCGCACACGGACUCGGGCUUCUUCACCUUCGUGCUCCAGAGCCUCGUGCCGGGGCUGCAGCUGUUCCGGCAAGGCCCGGACCGGUGGGUGGCGGUGCCGGCCGUGCCGGGCGCCUUCGUCGUCAACGUCGGCGACCUCUUCCACAUCCUCACCAACGGCCGAUUCCACAGCGUGUACCACCGCGCUGUCGUCAACCGGGACCUCGACCGGAUAUCGCUUGGCUACUUCCUCGGCCCGCCGCCCCACGCCAAGGUGGAGCCGCUGCGGGAGGCCGUGCCGCCAGGCCGGAAGCCCGCGUACCGCGCCGUCACAUGGCCCGAGUACAUGGCCGUGCGCAAGAAGGCCUUCACCACCGGCGCAUCCGCGCUCAAGAUGGUCGCCGUGGCCGAAGCCGACGACGCCGACGUCCAUCAUCUCCUCUCGUAGCCGUAGAUCGAUCGCUAGAGAGAGACGCAUAGAAGCGUGUGCGUGCAUCAUCCAUGUUCUGUUUUGCUGCUGCAAGAAGGAAGAGCAGCUCGUUGAAACGGCAUCCAUUCUUCCGCGCGCGCACGCGCAUGCA